AUGAUAACUGUUUACAAGUAUUUCUGGCUCUUAGCUGUGCUAACGUUGAACCUGUUGUGUAAUAUAACUAUCGGUUCAAUGAUUAGUAUUAUAUUAAGCAAAUAUAAUAUUAUAGCCUUAGCAUUGUCUGUGGUGACAAUGGUCUCAUUUAUGUCGUUAGACACUUAUAUGGUUUCCUAUGACGAUAUGCACUAUUCAUAUCAAUUAGCCAGUGAUAUGUCAUAUUUUUCUUAUACAUUCAAAAUGACAUUAAUAGCAAUGUAUGGAUGGAAUCGCUGUCCAAACAAUAACACUUCAAACUAUGUAAUACUUGAAUACGAUAUAAAAGAUUCAAGAAUAUUCUACACAUAUUUGACUAAAUUUAACAAAGUUUACAAAUCAACUAUUAUUUUAAAUAAUAUUAGUGGAAGUAUUGAAAGUCAGUCCUUAACUGCAAUUAUGGGACCGUCGGGAGCCGGCAAAACAACACUAUUUGAACAUCUACUGAGCGGACUGACUGUCAAACAGAUACUACUUUAUGCAUCAAAACUGAAAAAUUCACAAAUUGUAAAACAUUUAGAUCACAAUAAAAUAGUCAACGAUUUAAUGUCGGAAUUUCUUAUCAGUGAUAUCGCCGAUAAUUGUGUCACCAAUUGUAGUGGUGGUGAACGCAAACGUAUAGUAAUAGCCAGUGAACUGACUUCACAAAUAAAACCCAAUCUUUUAAUUAUUGAUGAACCGACCUCUGGUUUGGACAGUAAUGCAGCGAUAAAUAUUAUGCAAUGUUUGAAAUCACUGUCUAAUUAUCAUCUCAUAACAAUCAUUGUUAGCAUACAUCAGCCAAAUAUCGAGUUAUUUAACAUAUUUGACAAUAUCUAUGUGUUGGCUAAAGGAGGACACGCUAUAUAUGAGGAAAGUCCUGGACAUCUGAAACAAACAGUGAUUGAGACAAACAUUGAUUUCAAUGACAAUGAAGUGCCGAUUGAAGUACUGUUGAAAAUUGCUUCUGAAGUCAUUGACAAUGAAAUUGUGCAAAAUUUAUCGGAAAAACACAAAUCCAAACAAAACGUACUAAAAGAUCGUAUAGUCAGUGAAAAUCUGCUGACCAUUGAUCACACAAAUCAAUUUACGACAAAACGUUGGUAUAGCUCAGGUACCUAUUUUUGGUCCAGUUCUAUUGUUGAAACAUUGCCUAUCCUCGUAUAUUUGAUACCAUUUUGUCUGGUUGUUAAUAUGUACCGAUCGUGGACUAUGUUUGGCAUAUACUAUACGACAAUCAUUUUGAGUGUAUUGUGUGCACAGAGUUUGUCACAGAUGUUGUCCACACUGUUGAGGAAAGACAUCAAAACAAUGCUUACAUUAGUAUUGAUAGUGUUUUUCUUAUCCUAUUUAUUAAUGAGUGCAUUGAUUCCUAUCAAUGAAAUGCAUUAUUCAUUGCAAUUGUUAUCUAAUUUAUCAUUUCUGAGUUAG